AUGAACGGCGGUGCCCCGCCGCCGCCCCCCGCCGCCGCCUCACGCUGCCGCCGCCGCCCCGCCUCUCCGGAGCUGCUGCGCUGCAAACGCCGCUUGGCCUUCGCCUCCCUUUCGGGCAGCGGCACCGCGGCGGCGGCCGUGGCCCGGCGCAACGAGCGGGAGCGCAACCGCGUGCGGUUGGUCAACCUGGGCUUCGCCGCUCUGCGGCAGCACGUCCCCCACGGGACCGCCAGCAAGAAGCUGAGUAAGGUGGAGACGCUGCGCUCCGCCGUCGAGUACAUCCGAGCGCUGCAGCGGCUCCUCGACGAGCACGACGCCGCCGCCGCUUUCCCCGACGGCCGAGCGGGCCGCUCUGCGGGGCGGGGGGCUGUCGGGGAAAGCGGCGGCGGCAGCGGCUAUUCCUCCGCCUCACCCUGUUCCUCCGAGGAGAGCGGCUACGAGCCGGUGCUCAGCCCCGAGGAGCAGGAACUGCUGGAUUUCACCAGCUGGCUUGGGAGCUACUGAGCUGGUGGGAGGUGAGCCAUACCUUGAUGCCUAUGGUCUUCCACAGCAGCCAGCAGUACCCUCCAAAAUAAAUCUCCCCCAGAAAUUCUCAAGUUCCUCCUGGCUGCUUUCCUUGCUGGGCUGAAGUGCAAUGGUGUCAUGGCUCCGAUGUCUGCUCUGGGGCUGCUGACGGACAAGGUUUUCACCCACUCCAGAGAAUGGCUGUGCAUCCCCUCGCAGCUACUUCCCAUCAGCCUUUGGAAAGGGUGGAAAAAAGAAAUGGAAACCACUUGAUGCUUCCUUGUUUCUGGAGGGGGAGGGAAUUUUUUUUAUAAUGUCAGAUUCUAUUUUAUAUGCAACUUGAACCGCCUAUGGGAAGAGUGGUGUAUGAAGACUUAUUUUUGUAUGAGAAACCUUGGGGAAAAGGGUUAAGGAGGUAGCUCUAUUUUCAGUCCAAUUCCCUUGUUCUUGAACACUGCCAGCUGGAAUGUUUGGGGAAUAUACACUGUUUAGAUGAAAGGGUUUGUUUGUUUUUCUUUCUCCAAACACUUUACUAAAGGACUGCAAAGUUUUGUUGCAUCUCACUGUGGUGUCUGACUCUGCCUGGUGUGAAGGUUCACUUCUCUGAAAACUGAAGUUGUUUUGUUGUUUGUUUUUUUAAAUGUAUUGAAGGCAUUUUUGUAUGCACUUGUUAGGAUUUCUUAAGUCGUACAUAUGCAGUUUUUAAAAAGAGUAUCAUAUUUUAUGUAAAUUGACUUUAUAAAUAAAAUUCUAUUUAUAAAUGGA